AUGCCGCCAAGACGCAAUAACCGUCAACCGACAACUCCGCCUUCGAGCGAGGAGAGUGUGACGCAGUCAAUUCAGACACCGCCGCCUCCCCCACCCCCGGUUAAUCGGGAAAUAGUGAAGUUGUUCUUGGAACAGAAACCACCUGUGUUUGAUGGACUUGGACAACCGGCCAAGGCUGAAUCAUGGAUCCGCGCGAUAGAGCGUAUCUUCGCAAUCUUGGGAUGCAAUGAUAGGGAACGGAUGAGUUGCGUUACUCACCAACUAAUCGAAGCAGUCGACUUUUGGUGGGAUACUAGAACGAAGACCUUGACGCGAGACCAAGUAGGGGCAAUGACGUGGGAAGAUUUCAAGACUGAAUUGUACAAAAAGUAUGUGCCGAAGAGCUACCGGAAAGCAAAGGCAUCCGAGUUCCACAAUCUGACUCAAGGACACAUGACUGUGACUGAGUACGAUCGAGCGCUCAACAGCAUGCGCCCCUGA